AUCAUCUAUUUGUAUAACUGCCGCCACCGCCAGACGCAGGCUAAAAUCCAAGGCGGCGCAUGUUAGCGAAAAGCCCUAGCAGGAUCCUGCUUGCUGCGGUUUCCCUUCUCGGAAGCCCUUCACUUUCAGUGUCCGCUUGUAUUGCCUCCAAGUCCAAGCUCCCCAAAUAUCCACCAUUUUCUUCUUCUUGCUUUGGGCUUAGAUCGGUUGUUCGGGUGGCUGAGACGGAAAUGGAGGCCGAUGCCGCGCAAGAAGCCCGCAACCGAGAAGCAUUCCGCCAGGCCGUGGUGAACACGCUCGAGCGGCGGCUCUUUUACAUUCCCUCUUUCAAGAUCUACCGCGGCGUCGCCGGACUCUACGACUAUGGCCCUCCCGGAUGCGCCGUCAAGUCCAAUAUCCUCGCCUUCUGGCGUCAGCAUUUUGUUCUGGAAGAAAACAUGUUAGAAGUCGAUUGUCCAUGUGUGACCCCAGAGAUUGUGCUAAAGGCUUCUGGGCAUGUUGAUAAGUUUACUGACCUCAUGGUUAAGGAUGAGAAAACUGGUACAUGUUACCGUGCUGAUCACUUACUGAAAGACUUUUGCAAAGAGAAGCUUGAGAGAGAUCCUGCUGUCAGCACAGAGAAGGCGGCUGAGUUUAGGCAUGUUCUUGCUAUAUUGGACGGUCUUUCACCCGAAGAAUUGGGUGCAAAGAUCAAGGGAUAUGGUAUUACUGCUCCUGACACCAAGAACCCUUUGUCUGCUCCCUUUCCAUUCAACUUAAUGUUUCAGACCUCUAUAGGUCCAUCUGGUGUGAGCCCUGGGUAUAUGCGCCCUGAGACAGCACAGGGAAUUUUUGUCAACUUCAAGGAUUUAUAUUACUAUAAUGGAAGCAAACUCCCUUUUGCUGCUGCUCAGAUUGGUCAAGCUUUUAGAAAUGAGAUAUCGCCUCGCCAAGGUCUGCUCAGAGUACGUGAGUUUACAUUGGCUGAGAUAGAACAUUUUGUGGACCCUGAAGACAAGUCUCACCCCAAAUUUUCUGAAGUCUCAGAUUUGGAAUUUCUAAUGUUCCCUAGAGAAGACCAGGUGUCUGGGCAAGCAGCAAGGAGAAUCUGCCUAGGGGAAGCAGUUUCUGAGGGCAUUGUCAACAAUGAAACACUGGGCUAUUUUAUUGGGAGGGUGUUUUUGUUCUUGACACACCUUGGUAUAGAUAAGGAGCGGUUGCGGUUUCGGCAACAUCUUGCAAAUGAGAUGGCACACUAUGCUGCAGAUUGUUGGGAUGCUGAGAUUGAGUGCUCUUAUGGCUGGAUUGAAUGUGUUGGCAUUGCUGAUAGGUCUGCAUAUGAUUUGUGGGCCCACACGGAUAAAAGUGGUGUGCCUCUUGUGGCUGCUGUAAAAUUUUCAGAACCUAGAGAAGUGGAGAAACUUGUCAUAGCUCCAGUGAAGAAAGAGCUGGGCCUUGCAUUCAAAGGUGACCAGAAGAGGGUGGUUGAAACAUUGGAGGCAAUGGGGGAAAAAGAAGCUAUGGAAAUGAAAGCCACUUUGGAGUCCAAGGGAGAGGUGGAGUUCCAUGUUUGCACACUUGGGAAAGAUGUUACCAUAAAGAAGAGCAUGGUAACAAUUUCCAAGGAGAAGAAAAAGGAGCAUCAGAGGGUUUUUACACCAUCAGUUAUUGAGCCGUCUUUUGGUAUUGGGAGGAUAAUUUACUGUCUCUACGAGCAUUCCUUCUACACAAGGCCUAGUAGAGGUGGUGAUGAACAAUUGAAUGUUUUCCGGUUCCCUCCACUUGUGGCCCCCAUCAAGUGUACUGUGUUUCCAUUGGUUCAAAAUCAGCAAUAUGAAGAAGUUGCCAAACGCAUUGCCAAAUCAUUGACUGCUGCUGGGAUAUCAUAUAAGAUUGACAUUACAGGGACAUCGAUAGGGAAGCGAUAUGCAAGAACAGACGAACUGGGUGUUCCCCUUGCCGUUACAGUGGACUCGACUUCUUCAGUGACACUCCGGGAACGAGACAGCAAGCAGCAGAUUCGCGUCAACGUGGAGGAGGUGGCGUCUGUAGUUAAGGAGGUGACUGAUGGUUUGAGCACCUGGGCUGAUGUGCUGUGGAAGUACCCAACCCAUUCAUUUGGAACAACAGAGGAUUAGACACUGCAUCUUGCGAAUUGUGUUAUUUGAUGUUGUCAAAGUGGGAUUUUGUCAUGCAUAAUGGGCAGGGCUGAGGGGAAAAUUUGGUGUGAUUUUUUUGGGUACCAUAACCAAACCUUGUUUCUUGAGCAACAGGAAUCAGGAAUGCUGCUAACUCCCGACUCGUCUUCCAAAAUGGGGGUAUAGACUUGCAUUGCAUACAGCAAAGCAAAUACUACGCUAUAUAUUGAUGUGAAGUCAGUUGCAUAACCGGUGGUUUUCAUAUUCAAAUUCAAUCCCGCCUGUUGCCAUUU